CUGACUUCACCCCACUUCACCCCUGUAACCUUAUGUUUACUCCUUUACCUCUGUUUAUCUCCGGCAAUCUCCGGUGUGGAGUCUACAAAUAAGCACGUUCAGAAGACACAACUGUUGAGUUCGUCUUAUCAACACUCUGUGUUUAAAAUUUGUUGAAAGCGAGAAGAGAAAUUCUAUUGCGGUCCAAUACAACAGUAAAAAAAAGUACAGUAUUAGUCGAUGCAUAAGAUAACAAUGACAUCAAAAGAAAUCUUGUCAAAGGUCUUGAGCCAUGGAAAAGAUAAAAGUGAUCCCGCAACGUUGUCGGAGUUAUUUGACAAUGCUUUCGAGCUAUUCAACAGUAUUAAUAAUACAACAGAACCUACAAACAGUUCAAAAGUACAGUUGGACGUAAAACGGGCAAUGCACAUGUUUGAAGAUGCAACGAGACUGGUGUCUAUGGUGGACAUGUUUAGCGAUAACGAAACUUUCGAGGAAGUAGCUACAGAAAAUAUCAAAUACUUUUUAUUACCGGCUCUGUUGGGCAAGCUUACCAAUCAGAUAUGCGGUACCGAUGAUAGGAUGCAUUUGGUUAAAGUAGCGGAAGUCUACUUUGUAGAUUUUUUAAAGCGACUAAAGGUAUAUGGUCUGACUGAUGUUAAAAUACCAGAAAUUGAUUCAACCGAUGAGAAGAAGGAAGCAGGAGAUAAUCAAAAUACACCAGAAUCGUCAUCAAGGAUGUUAGAGAAUAUGGUACUUCGUAGAAAUGUAAAGUUACAAAGGUAUCAACAGGAGAAGGAUUUGGAAUCUCGUUUGGAUACUUUAAAAAAAAAUUUAGACAAUCCAAAUAUUGAUGACGAAAUCAAGAGAGAAUAUUUUGUCACUCUUGUAAAGUUAUAUGCAGUCCGAAUUGUCGAAGAUUUAAACUUGUUGAAAACAGAGAAAGCGAUUUUGGAGAACAUGAAGGCAAUGGAACCAAUGCAUACUUUCGAAUCACAAAAGACUCAAAAGCAAAAAACGGCAGCUCCAAAACUGCAACCUAUUAUCAUUACGCGUGACGAGGUUCAAAAGAAAGUUUUUGGAGCAGGCUACCCAAGUUUACCAGUCUUAACGGUACAAGAGUUCUACGAGCAAAGAGUCAAGGAUGGAGACUGGCCCGAUCCAUCGCAGCAUAACGCAACGAAUUCUCAGUGUUUACAAAAUAUGACGAACAAAGAUACAAGCGCAAAUAAUGAGGACAGUGAAGCCGUUUUGAAGGAGGAGAUGGAAGAGAAAGACGAUCCCGAAUAUCUCGAACAAAAGCGUGCAAUGGAUGAAUAUAAAGAUAUGCAUCGUCGCGGAUGGGGUAAUCGCGAUAAUAGAAGUUAGACGUUUGAGAAUAUAUUUAAGAUUGACAUACGUCACAUUUAUUCUGUACUUUGGUAUGUUUUUGUGUUUUUGUUUAUAUUCGAAACUGUGACCAUUGAAUCAUUUGUUUUAUCGAACUUCGACACAAUUGCGAGUCUCUUAACAAAUGGACCGACAAAAUGCGUCCUCUGAAAGCGAGGGAGAUGUUAAUCUUAAAAAAAAAAAUUAAAAAUGUACAUAUUAUGUACGUGUAUCUCAUCAGUUAGUAAACCUAAACAAACAUUUUUAUAAUGAAAUAGAUAAUAAUUCAGUA